AUGGAAACCUUGCAGGUCAAAGUCGACUCAAUCGGCAGCGAGUUGCGCCAGAUUGGCGACGCCCUGCGAGGCUACCUCGAGGAUGGGGUCACUGCGACGCGCAAAGUCAAGCCCCCGGGAACGAAAGCCGGUCGCGACCUCCUGAGCCAUUUGCUGAGCAGCUUAGACCGCGUAUGCGCCCAGGUCGACGACAUCCGAGAUCUAUCAUCUCACCUAUCUCUACCCCCGCCCAAGGGACCCGACACGCCUCUCCACACCCCAGCAGACUCCGCAGCAGACGCCGCCCGAGCAUAUCCCCCAGCAUCACGAGAAUGCGUAUCAGCAGCCGCACGAGGAGCAGCAGCAGCAGCAGCAGCAGCAGCAGCAGCAGCAGCAGCAGCAGCAGACGGAGCCGCCGCUGGAGGCACUAUGGUCACCCAAAUCGUGUCCGAGCCCAUCCUGCCGUUCUUCGACUGCACGUACCAAGAUAUCCACGUCCUCAAUGAAGAGCUCUUCGAGGAGUUCUCCCGCCACCCGGCUGUGCAAGACCGGGGCUAUUUCAAAAUCCAGGUGCGCGACCUCCCCCCGAUGGAGGUGGAGGAGGUCGAUCGCCCUACCAAAGACCAUGCCACGUCUUUUGUGUAUAAUAUGGAUCGCAAAGGCCUCGUCAAGGUUGAUAGCGGCACCAGGAGAUCCAGGUCUAAAAUUCCACCUCUUCCGAUGCCUGCAAGUCGGCAGGUUAACUGGACCCUUGCUCAGCAGCAAGAGUUGUGGAACUCGACCGCCCAAAACCCCCCUCGGGGAACGGUCCCCUACAUUAUCGGAAAUCCUCUGUUCCAGGAUGUCGAGCUCGCGCCCGGCGAGAAGCUCAAGCGCAGAGGUGUGCUCGAGGGUAUAAAUACGCAGUACAUAUAUUUUAACCUCAAGAGCAAGACAAUCACGACAAUGCACAGGGAAGACGCCCACGUUCGUUCCGAGAACCUGCUUCGUUGCGGCGAGAACAAAUUUUGGUGCUUUGUCAAGCCAGCAUUCUCGGACAAACUAGAGGAGAUGAUGCGUGUCUCAUACCCUCAGAUGCGUGGUUGCUCUCAGGCUGUCCGCCACCUAAGUCUUCACAUCCCUCCCGCCCGGUUGGAUGAGUGGGGAAUCGAAUACACACUCGACUACUGCGUCCCCGGUCAAGCAGUUGUCACAGAGCCUGGGACAUAUCACCAGGUUUUGAACCUUGGUCCCAAUUACGCAGUAGCCAUCAAUGUCGAAUACGAAUCGUCCGCGGACAUGCCCGACGAUUACCGAUUCUGCGACCAUGAUUGCCCUGACAAGACUGCCAUGUCUGCUGAGGAUUUCAAGAUCUGUGAGCCGACUCCUCCCGAACAAGACGUGGCCGGCAAUUCCAAGGCGGUAGGACCACUCCUCACGCAACCGGAGAACUCUAUGCCAGAGCAAAAUAUCCCGGAGAAUACCGAGCUAGGGGUUUCAAAGCCUGCCAAUAAUGAAGCCCAACUGGCCCCUCACCAACCGGACAUGAGAAUUCAGCCCAGGCCUCAGUCCGAAACUCCGGUUCUUGAGGAAAAUCUGCCCCUCCAGCCGGAUCAGUCAGCUUCUACUUCGAUUUCUGUUUCUGUAUACCCACAGUCAAUAAUCCCACCAGAGACGAGCAAGUCUAAAGAGUUGCACACCAAGGGGGAGACUGCAGCGCCGCAUUCCCAAACUGCGCUGGAACUGGAGUUACCUUUGCAGCCGAGGCCUGCGACUCUUCCUCAAGCAAUUCAGACCUUAUAUUCACCACCGCUACCCCGGGUCAAUGAUAUACACCCCGAGCCGCUGGGGUUGCCUCCCGUCCAACAUGCCUUGCCCCCCGCCUCCCAGGGCUUACUGGAGCAUGUCGCCCCUGCAUUUACGACCGGACAGUCUUAUUUGUCAACAAAGCCGCCAAAUCAUCGGGGGAAGCCUGGGCUGGCGCAUUUCGAGCCUAUGCACUUCCCACUGCAACAUGUAACUGCCAGAUUUGAGCCAGUAGACCCCUCGGAUAUUGUCACGCAACAGCGGGGCAUGCCACUAAAGCGGCUAAGCAAGAAGCAAAAGAUUAGUCUCCAGCUUUCGAAGUUUACCCAGGCUGCCUUUGACCGACUCGCUUCAUUGACACGCGGGUGCGAAGGAACUAGGGUUGGAGCUCUUGCCGCUGAACAAAUCAGUGGCAAGCCGGCCUUUGAACGUCUCGCUAGCAUCGUUCGCGAGUGGAGAGUGCUAUCAAAGCAAAUUCCCAUUGGCGGUGGCGGUAUUGAACUCAUCAAGUAUGUCGACGAGGCGCUGCAAGGCGACUCAGCACUGCAUCUGUUCCUUCAGCGGCUCUGCAAGAUAAAACUGGCAGAAUGGGUUGCGAGUGCUGUCCGCCAGCGAGGCCAGUAUCCUGCAUCUCAAGAUAUCACGGACGAGCUUCUUUUGCUCCUGGGUUGGGAUGGCACGAAACGCGACAGACUGCACGAUCAUCUACGUGACGGGAAAUGCUGGAAGACUAUCUGCGGGCAAUACGACGGGCUCCUCUGCCUAAUGCCUCCUACCGCAUCCUGUCUUGACCUGGCCUUAUUUCACAACGAGCUCGCUAUUUUCCAUGCUCAAAUCGGCACCGGGGCUGUCAAGAACAUGUGUGCAAUGGGUAAGAUCGUGCAGAAGUCCGUCUGGGACGACCUUGAAAUGCCCGAGUUUAUCUGGGAAUCGGUGGACACUAGCGGUCUCACCUUUGACGAGUUGGGCCCUGUGGUGGGGCAGUUUCACCUCCUCAAGACCAACCACCUGGACUUGGUCAAGUACCGCUGGCAGAAGCCGCUUUGCUGGCAAUGGGACUGGCCUGCUGACCCCACGUCCAUCGGUCCCGUAGGCCGGGCCUGUACAUACUGCAAUAGGAAGUCGUCGUGCCGCUGCUUCUGGAGCAAGGUGGCGCAAAUUCCGCGCAUCUCGGAGGACGGCUCGAAAGGUCACGGAAUCCGAGCCAUCGGGACUUACAAAUCCGGCGACAUUCUCGGUGAGCUGGUCGGCGAGCUCGUGCCUCUCGACGCAUACAACAACGAGUGGACGAUGGAAUUUCGCAGGCCGGAUCUCAAUGAUGAGCCUGUCGCGAAGAUUUACCCUAAGGCAAUGGGAAAUUGGGUUCGGAAGGUCAGACAUGACAGCACGGCACCAUCGGCCGAGUUCCAAGUAAUGAAGAUCUCUGGCCGCUGGAGGCAGAUACUUGUCGCUUUACGGGAUAUCAGGGAUGGUGAAGAGGUUACGGCCAAGUUUGGCCGGGGUUACCAAAAGGCGCAGUCGUAUUCGGUUGUUGAGGGGUUUCACUGA